AUGCUGCCGGCUCCCGCAGCCAAACGGCCGCCGCCCCCCCCCGCCUUGCUCUGGCCCCCCCCGGCCGCCGAACCCCCGGCUCCCCCCUGGGCCUGGGUGGUCCCGGCCGCCGCGGGGCUCGUCAGGGUCGGUGCUGGCGGCGGCGGCGGCGGUGCCGGGGCUCCCCCCCCGCCCCCGCCGCCGCCGCCGCUGCUGCUGCCGGCGCCGCCGCCCUCCCCCCCCGCUCCCGCCGCCCUGCUGCGGGCCGCCCCGGGCUGGCGCGUCCCCUGCGAGCCGCUCCUGCCGCUGCUCGCCGCCGCCGACCAGCACACCGCCGCGCUCCUCCACGGGCAGUGGAUAUUUGGAGCUCAUUCUCCAAUCAUAGGAUUUUCACCUUCUUCAAGCGUGGAGUUUGUUCCUGUUUUUCCGCCUGUGUACACAUCUACGGUUCUGCCUCAUGCUGGGAAAAACUGGAUCGAUAAAAGGCUACCACACUGCAAAAUAUACUUGAAUAAUGCAUUUGCUCUGGAUUCAGCGUGGAUACAUCCUGAGGAAUCAAGACUCUUCCAGGGAAAUGAGAAACCUCUGUUAAUGACAAAUCAAGUAGCUAUGGCUAUAGCCAGGCCAGCUACUGCCUCCAGGCCUCUUCCCACAGUGGUGUUGGCACCUCAGCUGAUACCAGGUGGUUGCCAGAAUAGCCUUAAACCGGUCGGCGGCAAUCAGGCCCUGGCGUUGGCCGCCGCGGCCACCAGCGCGAUGGUGUCGGUGGAGCCUGAAGCCCCCCAGGGACCUGUGGGGCCGAGCGUCCAGCCCUGCCACAUCCUGACCUUCUCGCCUAUCAAAAUUCCAGUCUUGGCUUCGCCUUUUCCAGGUUCUGCCUCCAGAAUGGAUGCCCAUGUGGGUCCUUUGAUGCCGACGCAAGUCACCCGGGUAACUGCUGUGUCCGCACCGGCGGUGACCUUCAUGGCAACCGAUUUGAUGGAUCAGACAUUGACAGAUAACGGCAAAGAAUCGAGUAGAUCCUCCUGCCCACCGACCUUGAUUUUACACACGGAGAGGAAGAGUACCCCUGUGGAGAGCGAUGGCGAUAAGGAUCGUUCUUUUAAACUAGUAAACGAGGAUGACAGCACAUCAAACGGCAACAAGCCUGUGGCGUCCACUCCGGUGCCAGGAUCACCAUGGUGUGUAGUCUGGACUGGAGAUGACCGGGUCUUCUUCUUCAACCCUACAAUGCAGCUGUCAGUCUGGGAGAAGCCGGUGGACCUGAAGCACCGCGGCGACAUAAACCGGAUCAUCGAGGAUCCUCCUCACAAGCGCAAGCUGGAACCUGCAGCAACAGAUAAAUGUGUUAGUUCUUGUCCAGGGGAUGAAAAUGAUGAUCUUAGCAUCAAAACUAAGAGAAAUAAAACAGAAGAUUCCCAAGCUGCUGACCAGGGGAAGGCUGAAACGGAGGAGAAAAAUGAGGAAACAUCAGCACCUCAGAUCACGCCUCCCCUAGAAGAGCGCAUCACUCAUUUCCGAGACAUGCUUCUGGAGAGGGGGGUUUCAGCAUUUUCUACAUGGGAAAAAGAAUUGCACAAAAUAGUAUUUGAUCCACGCUACCUUCUGCUAAAUUCAGAAGAACGUAAACAGAUAUUUGAACAGUUUGUCAAGACCAGGAUCAGAGAAGAGUACAAAGAAAAGAAAAAUAAAUUGUUGUUAGCCAAAGAAGAAUUUAAAAAGCUCCUUGAAGAAUCCAAGUUAUCGCCAAGAACAACGUUUAAAGAAUUUGCGGAGAAAUAUGGGAGAGAUCAGCGGUUUCGCCUUGUUCAGAAGAAGAAGGACCAAGAGCAUUUUUUCAAUCAGUUCAUACUUAUUCUUAAAAAGAGGGACAAAGAAAACAGGAUAAGGCUACGGAAAAUGAGAUAAGAACUCCUGGAACUGGCAAUAAAUACACAAGUCCAUGCUGUGACUGCCGUAAGAAAUUCAAAUGAAGGCUAAAGCGUUCGGGGUUGAACUUGCAACAGCUUGACGAGGAAGCGGAUAUCCCUGAGAGAAACUUUCUCUAAGCGGAGUUUAUUGAACAUAUAUUGAAUUUGUGAAGGUUGUUCUGCAGGAGUCUGAAGGAUAUUUUGUUCUCAAAGAAUUAAUGUUUCAUAUUGAAGCUCUCUUUUGUACAACAUCCAGAGUUUGAUGCAUUUCUAAUUGCCAUGAUAUGUCAAUCCCUUAAUUGUUUUAAUUAUGCAAAUUACUUGUAAUAUACACAAAUUAUGAAGCCAAUGCAGAUUUGUAAUUAAGCAGAAGCAGAUGCCAUCCGUAACAAUCUCAAGAUAUUUUCAUCAUUUAGGGGAAUUAUCUAAAGCAAUCUUUUGGCAACUUUAUGCAUUAACAUAAAGUGUUUGGAGGUACGGUGAUAUGCAGGAAUUCAUUACCCGGUGUUCAUACGUCUCUGUCCAGUUCUCUGAGUAGUAGUAAUAAGGUAUUAAUUGUUAAUCUUAGUGAAGAGUGUGAAAAUCUUGGCAUAUGUUCCAUAGGAAAACUCUAAGUUUCAGAAAUAGCUUUCCAAUUACCGUGAGUGGUGCUUUCAGGCACACAGGUGAUAGCAACACUUCUCCGUCGAAGUUCCUAAAAGAAGUUAUUUUGUAAAACCAUCACAGUAUGAUUUGAAUUAUGUUGCUGUAUGUGAAAAGUCUGCAUGAGAUUUUUCUCAUCAUAUUUGUAUAAAUAAAUAUUUAACUUUUUUA